AAACCAAAUGUCAAAUUUUAUUGUCGAAAAAUUUCAGUCAUAUUUUCUAUUACCAUUUUUGUGAAUAUAAAUACAAGAAAACCACAAAAAAUACUGUUAAAUGUCAGUACUGUGAUUGCAAACAAAUUCGCAUAAAUGAAUCAUGUCGCUGAGAUCGAAAGUGCUGGCACUGGUGGAGGUGUUACUUCGUGUUCCCCCGUUGUUUGUACUGGAUGAGCUGCUCAAGAUCAGUCUGGGAUUGCCCGUGUCGACGGGAGACGAUGUUCCAUUUUCAAACAUAACCAUCGACGUGGACGUGGCGGACCCAGAAAAUUAUUACGACUCGCAUUUCUACAACGCGUUCUUUCUCACGCUGCUUAAAUUCUUCUCCUGCUGUUUAGGAUGUGUCGCAGCGCUAUGCAUAUUCGUCCUCUACACGAAGCACUUAAUGAUAGUUUACCUCUACCUCAUGUCGCUGGUGAUAGUGUUCGUCUCGUACUGGACGAACGUCUCAGCCAUCAAACAGAUCCAAGCUCUCACCAUGGGCGUCGACUCCCCCCACCACCAGUCCAGCAUACUAGAGGAUAUACUUAACCUCAACAGAAAAAACCUAUUCGAUAUCGAAGGACCAGGAAUACUUUUGGUACAAAAUUACGUGAUACAGUUCUGCCUAGCAGGUAUAUUUAGAAAUGUUUAUCUAGGACCCAGAAACGCCUUGAUAAUGAGAGUUCUGCCGCUGAGUUUCAUGGCGCCCUCGAUUCUGGCGAUGCUGCCCGUGCCGCCGAAUCUGUUGCAUCAUUCCCCCGUGUUUUCGGUGCUCCUGCCGCUUAUGCUUGUGAAAUACGUUCUAUGGGCUUCGAGCUACGAUGUUAUACAGAUUAUAUACGCGGGAUAUCAACACGGGAGACUAUUUGUGAGCCACAACGGGCUUUCAGCGCUGGUGGAAAUCGAAUGGAUGCGGCUGAACGUACCCUGCGUCCUCAGGGUAUUCUGGGUGAUGCGAGUCGCCGAACACGCGAUAGUACUACUAAUGGAUAGUUAUGACGAAGAAACCGAGGACGGUCUGAAGGUCUCCACUCUACUAGCUGUCCAGUCAUUGGCGUCCAUGGCCAAGUCGUUGCUAGUAACGGGAUGCGAGACCAUCACCGCAGUUUUAGGGAUGACGUCCGUCAUCUCGUUCUUUUGCCACUACAUCGGUAAUUUCUUCCAGUGGAUACUCCUAACGGACGAGGAGGAGGACAAGAGUAUAGGAACAGUGUCCGCUAUACUCUUCUACAUAUUGGCCCUGCAGACGGGGCUGACGUCUCUGAACCCGGAGAAAAGAUUUGUGCGUCUCUGCAGGAAUUUCUGUUUGCUUUUCACGGCUUUGCUACAUUUUUUGCACAACAUAGUGAACCCGAUGCUGAUGUCGCUCAGCGCCUCACAUAACCCCAGUACGCACAGACACAUACGAGCUCUAGGCGUUUGCGCUUUUCUUAUUAUAUUCCCGAUAUCGUUGCUAGUGUAUCUAUGGUCCCAGCAUACGAUAUCGACGUGGCUUUUAGCGGUCAGUGCGUUCAGCAUCGAAGUCAUCGUAAAAGUGAUCGUGAGUCUUAUGAUUUACUCCCUGUUCCUCAUAGACGCAUAUAGAAGUACGUUUUGGGAGCAACUAGACGAUUACGUGUAUUACAUUCGAGCUUUUGGGAACACUAUAGAAUUUUGUUUUGGUAUUUUUCUAUUCUUCAACGGGGCCUGGAUUCUGCUAUUCGAAUCGGGCGGAGCAAUUCGGGCAGUGAUGAUGUGCAUUCACGCCUACUUCAAUAUAUGGUGCGAGGCCCGAGCGGGCUGGUCGGUAUUCAUGAAGAGACGGACCGCCGUCAACAAAAUCAACUCCCUCCGAGAGGCUUCCACCGACCAACUCAUGCGUUUAGACGACGUGUGUGCCAUCUGCUACCAGGAGAUGCAUUCGGCGAAAAUAACGCGCUGCAAUCACUUCUUCCACGGGGUGUGCCUCCGGAAAUGGCUCUACGUCCAGGACAGGUGUCCGCUGUGUCACGAUAUAUUAUAUAGGAUAGAUAACGAGAAUAAGGAGAACUCGGAGGCGGGCAACGAGGAGAAUAGUAACAAUCAAAACCUGCUCCUAGAGGAGGAACCAGAUUUAAUGUUCAACGAGGGUGUGAGAUGACUGACUGAAAUAGAAGACUUUCAAAAUGUGGACUAGGCCAUGUCAACGGUUCGGCUAUUUUGUUUGUAUAGUAAGUUAUUUGUUUUUGAGGUAUUUAAAUUUUUAAGUACUGUGAUUUAUCGUUUAAAUUAUGUUUGUCGCAAAUCGCGGUUAGAUUUAAGUUCGGUAUAAGUUCUGUGCUGUUCUGUGGUCAAAUUUGAAUCAAAUUCAACGGUAUUUCAAUUCAAUUCAAGUGAUUAUAAAACGAGGGCUCAGCUAAUUACAAUGUAAAUUGAAAAAUACAAAAAAAAACGUGAUUU